CAGAUAACAUGAAAAUCGUUUGGUUAGAAAACUAUUCGAACGUUCAUACUUUUGGUUUCAACUUUCAACUUUUAAAUGAACAAUAUUAAUGAUUAAAUAUUUUUGUACCUAUACCACUAAUAAAAUUAAAACUACUAAAUCGCACGUAAUAAAACCAUUAUUUUUCAAAUACAUCACAUGCGUGAAGUGAUUUUAUUUUUACUGUCCAAAAUAGCACAAAGUAAAUUGGCAGAUUAUAUUUACUUCGUCCACUUGACAAACACACGAGUUAGAUACAACAAGAUCAUUAUAUCAUAAUAUUAAUUAUAACAUGGACAAGAAUAAUGCUGGUGUUGGACACGAGACAACCAUUCACUGGUUUAGGAAAGGUAUGCGUUUACAUGAUAACCCAGCGUUUAAGCUAUCGUGCGAAGCGAAGAGUAAUAGUGGUCAGUGUUACAAGCUUAGACCCAUUUACAUACUGGACCCUUAUUUCCGUAAAUACAUACGGGCAGGUGCGAACCGUUGGAGGUUCUUGCAGCAGAGUCUGAUGGACUUGGACAGUACACUACGGAAACUGGGCACACGGCUAUAUGUUAUCAGAGGGUUGCCACACGAAGUCUUUCCAGACUUGUUUGCCAAAUGGAAUGUAAAACUGUUGACAUUUGAGUUGGACACUGAGCCAUACGCCCGUCAAAGGGAUAAUCAAGUGGAGCAACUGGCCAGAAAACAUGGUGUCAAAGUAGAACAAAAAGUCUCUCAUACUAUUUAUAAUACUGAACUUGUGCUCAGGGCAAAUGGUGGCAACGUUCCAAUGACUUACCAGAAGUUUACAUCUGUUGUCGAAUCUAUGCCAAAUCCUCGUCGACCAAUACCUGCACCAGAAAAGUUACCUCCUGAGUGUCUACUUAAUGAUGACUUAAACAACCAAGAGUUUGAUGUGCCAACAUUGGACGAAUUAUUAACGUUAAAGGGUUUCAACCCGGCAGAACUUAAACCAUGUUUAUAUCCUGGUGGAGAAAAAGAAGCUCUUAGGCGUUUGGAAGAAUAUAUGAAAAACAAGACAUGGAUAUGUAAAUUUGAAAAACCAAAUACAUCGCCAAAUAGCCUGAAGCCUAGCACUACUGUAUUAAGCCCAUACAUGAAAUUUGGGUGUUUAUCAGCUAGUCAUUUUUAUUAUAGAUUGAAAGAAGUUAUCGGUAAUAGCCCUCAUUCCAAACCUCCUGUAUCUCUGAUUGGUCAGUUGUAUUGGAGAGAGUUUUAUUAUACUGUUGGUGCUUCAACUCCCAAUUUUGAUAAAAUGGAAGGUAAUUCAAUUUGUUGUCAGGUACCGUGGGAUAACAACCCUGAUGCGUUAGAAGCCUGGACAAAUGGUAAGACAGGAUAUCCAUUCAUUGAUGCCAUUAUGAGACAAUUGAGAGAUGAAGGGUGGAUACACCAUUUAGCCAGACAUGCUGUUGCAUGUUUUUUAACCCGAGGAGACUUGUGGAUAUCUUGGGAAAAAGGCUUAGCUGUAUUUGAAGAAUUAUUACUUGAUGCUGAUUGGUCAAUGAAUGCUGGGAAUUGGAUGUGGCUGUCAGCAUCAGCAUUUUUCCGUCAAUUUUUUAGAGUCUACAGUCCAGUUGCAUUUGGUAAAAAGACUGAUAAAAGUGGUGAUUACAUCAGAAAAUAUAUCCCAGAAUUAGCAAAGUAUCCAGAUCAGUAUAUAUAUGAACCAUGGUCAGCACCUAAGUCCAUUCAAGAAAGAGCUGGUUGUGUGGUUGGAGUGCAUUAUCCAAAACGAGUGGUAGUGCAUGAAGAUGUUUACAAAAAUAACAUUACAAAAAUGUCAUUAGCUUACAAGAAUACUAAAGCUGGUAAGAGUUCUUCUAAUAAUAAAAAAUCUAGAGAUAUGUCUUCUCCUGAUAAAAAAAAUACAAAAAAAGCUAAAUUAAAAUGAUCAUUUUGUUUUAGUUAACUAAUUGUUCAUGUGAUUUUUAGUCUUUUAAUCGUUUAUGUCUUUUAUUAUUGUUAUACUGCACUCAAACACUUAAAUCUAUAUUUGCAUGUAUUUUUUGUAAUAAAUAUUUUUAUGUA